CGAAUUUUGUUUUUGUUAUUUACAUACAAAAUAAAUUUUCUUUAGAGUUCAUUUUAAAUAAAAUAUCCCAUAUUUCAUAUUAUUUUUAAUUCAGACCAAAUGUAAACAUUACCAAAACAAUAAUACAUUGUGGGUGUCUUCGGUAAGUUGUUUGUCCGAAAAUAACGGACGGUAUAUGAAAAGAAAAUACAUCGAAAAUACAUAGUUGAACUGGUGGCAAAGAUUAGGAAGACAGGAUCGAUUGCAAACCGAAAACCAAUCGCUUCAAAUCGAUGGAUAGUUGGAAACGAACCUAUGCAAAUUGCUGUUUUGUGCCACAUCAAUAUGGACCCUACACUACUUGUCCAUGAAGUUCACACUUAACCAAUAUAGAGUGGCCCGCAAGAUCACCUGACUUGACCCCUUUACAUUUUUUUUUAUGGGGUCAGUUAAAAACCAACAUUUAUAAAACUCAGCCAGAGUCAAUAAAUGCAUUACGCCAGCGCAUCAUUGAUGAAUGUCGGGUCAUUACACUAGAAAUGCUUCAUAAUGUCCGGGGACGUUUUGCACAAAAUUUUUAUUAUUAUAUCGAUGCAGGAGGACAACACCUUGAGUACUUAUUGUCAUAAACAAUAAACUAUAUAAACAGAAAUUAUAUUUUGUGCUUUUUUUCCUAUCUUCGGUGAUAAAUAUGUAAUGAGAAAUGAGGAAAAUAUUUCUUUAUUUUGUUGUUGGACCUGUUGAAAAGCGGAUUUAUUAAUCGAGCUAUUUUUGUUUUAACAAGCGGUAUAUGACAUAGCAGCCUUGUUUCGUUUUGAUUGGCCCGCCUGAAUAUUAUAAAUACUUAAUAUGUAUUAAAAUGGGCAAUCGACCACAAAUUAAUAAAAUAUUUAUAAAACGACGUGAUAACAGUAUUAUUGGAACAAAAGAAUAGAUAUUUUAAAACCGUCGCUUCAAAGUAAACUCGGGUGUUUACCAAGCUAAAUUCGUAAAAUGGAUAAAUCGAAAAAAUGGGAUAGGCUCAAGGUGCAGUUUGUAAAGUGCUUUACGAUUGAAAAUCUACAUACCCAUUUAGUUGAGGAAGGAUUUCCAACAGAAGCUGAUAUUUUAGGAAAUAAAGGGGUUGAUGGACUAAGAUUUGUAGAACUUAGCGAAAAAGAUUUUGCAUCGUGGCACUUGACACCGACUCAGAAGAGCAAGAUUUUUGAUUGUAAACAGUCAGUUUUAAGCACAGACACCAGAAGUUCAUCGCAAACUUUAGGGGUAAAACGGUUUCCUUUAGACAGACUUGAAGCUCAUGGAACACACAGUCAGGCUACCAAAAAACCAGUAGUUUUUCACCCUACUGGCUAUUUAUGUAUGGAUGCCGUAAAAACUAAAUCGACUUCUCCAGGAUGUAAAUUAUCACCACCACCGCCAGCAGCGAAACCAUCUACUAUUCCUAAAAAGAUGGUUGCUACUAGGAGUGACAGUCCUUCACGAAACUACGUCGCAAGUGAUCCAAAGACCGCCCACCAUGAACAGCGCAGUACUUGGCUUAGUAGUGAUUAUAUAGCUUUAGAUCCAGUGGAUACUGAAUCAAAUAAUUUUCCUUCGUCGCUUUCAAAAUUGCUGAUUAAGUCCCCAAUAGAUCCCAGAAAGAUGGAGAAAUCCGCUCUGGCUGAAUCUAAGCCCCGACCAGACCAAUCACCCUUAGCUUAUAGGAAAGGUUGCCCUACGACUACACUACCAUUCUUACAACUAAAGGAAAUCAAUUUGACCAAAGCACAAUCUGAUACGAGUAUCUACAAAAUGCCAGAGGAAACCUAUGAGGUGCCACCAACUCCAGACGAUCCGGAGGAAAUUUACGAGGCACCACCUUUGAUACCUGUACCUUCUCUUUCGGUACAAAAUACUGUUCUCCAGCAUCCACAGCCAUUACAACCAUCAUGGAUGGGUACAAACAGGAAAUUGCCCAGGCCGCCACCCUUUGAUAACAACUUUGAACCAUCACAUUUGAAUGCCUGUAGGAAAAUAUUGAAUAAUUAUCAGGACACAGAUGAUGAAAUGGACGAUAACAGCCUUAAUCUCAACGACUGCGACUAUUACAGAAACACCGAUCGUAAAGGAGCCAUAGCGCUACUAAAUUCACUCCCUAACCUAACAGAUGGCGUUUUUCUCUUACGCAAAUCGUAUUCCGGAAAAAGUUUUCUAGUUUUAACGGUCUUUUAUAGGCGAAAGUUCUAUAAUAUUAGCAUACACAGGGAUGAUAAUGAUAUGUUUUUCUGCAAGGCCGGAUCCACGGGAGCUGAGGGGGAAGUAGUAAAGUUUUACACCCUGGAAGACUUUGUGAAACACUAUAGGCAAUAUCCACUUAAGGUAAAGAGUCAGGAUGGUAUGGUUAUUAUAUUUUUGACCGAGUCGCUGCCGUAUAAUGUAUUUUAAAAUCGAAUAUUUUAUCAAAUUUGUUCAGUACCUCUUAUUUAUUAAUAUCAUUCUUGACUAGGAUUUUAUUUGUUGAAUCUAUUAAAAAUGUAAUGCAAAUAAAUAACUUAUUACCAAAAGUACAGUC